AUGUGUUCGAAACGUGUUCGCAAAAUAGCCGCAUUCGAAACUGGUCCUGCGUCCGAAGAAAGCCGCCAAUCCGCCAUUGUGGGCGGCCAUUACGAUAUUUCGGCCAUAUUUGUUUCAAGCAAAAACGCGGCAAAACCGAACGAUCCUUGUCUAGCUGCGGUUAGACACGUCGUGUCUGAUUCUAAAUUCAAAUUUGAACAUCUGAUUCGGGAUAGUUCGUCAGAAGACGGCGUCUGUCGUUGUGAAUAA